UUUCCGUAUGAAUAGAUGUUAGCACUGUAUACGGUGUUACUUAUAAACAGCUUUUUAUGGGAUCCACGAGUGUUCAAAUAUCAAUAACUUUUUUGGAUGCUAAUUCCAAAAAAAGAUUCAUCAGACGAACCUAAGAUUAAUUUUUUUCAAAGGAUGCAAUUAUAAUUUGGAAAUAGGUUUAUGCAUUUCAAUUAAUCAAAAACCCUUUUAUAAGAGCAACAGUAGUAUACCGUUAUUUAAAAGUAUUUUAAAAGAAACACUGAAGUGCAACAUAUAUGCCUCAUUUGGAAUUAUUGCGAUCACUUGAUGCACGUGUUCGAUAUCCGUCGUCGUAGGCUUUUUCAAAACGCUCCUUUGAAACUACUGGAGCGUAUCAUGUAGUGUCAACUUCAUCACACUGUGACACCGUGUAUACAAUGUGAAUUUUACUUACUCACUACGAUUAUUAUAUUAAUAAUAGUAUUUACCAGGAAAAAGAAAGUUUGGGAUAAGAUAAAAUACACUUACAGGAACGGGAAGUUAAAACAUUCGACCUGUAACUUCCACAUGAUAAAAGAAAAAUGGCACAAUGUCCAAUUGGAAAUUGUGAAAUUUGUGUUCAAGCAACUGGAUCACAUUACUGUAAACAAUGUCGACAGUAUUUUUGUUAUAGCUGUAAGACUGCACAUCUAAGAUUAAAGAUUGCACGUAAUCAUGUAUUUGGAAAAAGUUUCGAGAUUGAUCCAGAGGAAUAGUUGAACUUGUUGAAAUGUUAUCAUGUUGAUAAACAUGUGUUUAUGUGUUUAGAGUGCGAUUUUGCGUUGUGUAAGUGCUGUCUAGUCGAAAAACACAAUGGCCAUAACGUUGACGAUGUUAAUAAGAUGUUUUAAUCUUUGCAUCACCAAGCAUCUACAACAAUGAAAAAAAUCUUUAGUGAUUCCAGGCGUACAAGCGAUGGCAUGAAAUCAAUGACAACAUCGUAUGAGAAGGAGAGUGGGGAACUAGAGCGAGCAAUUUUGAAUCAAGGUGCAAAAAUAAAGUCUAGUGUUGACAAAAAGGUGAUCGCAACUAUUGCUAACGUUAGGGAAUCUCGUGAAAACGUGAGAAAACAUUAUCCUAAUUGUUUUCAAGAUGCAGUUUCAGGUAAAUUCAAACAGUGGCUACAUCAGUUAGCUGAAAUUGAACAGAAAGAAGCAACCGAAAAAACUAUUCACGAAAUUCAAAAACUGCACAGUGACCUGAAAGCAAUGGAACUUCCAAACAUACCUGAUGUCCCUACGGUUAAAUAUUGUGCCCAACCAGUUGACGAAAAAAUAAUCAUGGGUUUACUAGGACGUAUCAAAUAUUUAUCCUAUUCCAACCCUAACCCAAAAUAUAAGGAGUUAAUAUUGUUACCCUGUGCGUCUGGCUAUGGUUUUACUCGUAUUGGCGGGAAAGAUGAUGAAGAUAUUUACGUGUUAGACGUUUUGCCCAAUGGUUCCGCUGCUAAGGCAGGUCUUAAACAAUUGGAUAAAAUAAUCGCAGUGGAUGGAAAACAAGUUAAUGGCUUGUUUAUCCAGGAAGCUGCAGAAAUGUUUAAGGAUGCGAAAGGCAACAACGGUGUGUCAAUAGUAAUUGAGCCUUUUCACGUCGCAGAUGAUUCUUCCAAUGGUUUUGCUGCUGAGACAGGUCUUCAAAAUUUAGAUAAAAUAAUCGUUGAGAAUGGAAAACAAGUUGAAAGCUCAUCCCAUCAUGAAGUUCAAGAACGUUUUGAGAAUGUUGAGGAUAACGACGUUGUUUCAAUAAGAACUGAGCCUUCUGAGCAGUAGAUUAGUAGUAUAAAUUUUGUUAUAACAUUUUUUUUUCUUGACUGAUUGGUCCUAUCUAUGCAUUGGAUAUUUGUCACUGAAAGUUAAGAAACAAACAAUCAAUUUGUGUCUUAACAAUAUGGCCAUCUUCGCAAGCCAAUGUUUAUGAUGCAGUAUCAUACUCUUCAUCUUUGGUAGAUAAAGUUAAAAUUCGGAACCACGAGGUAUUUCACUUGUCGCAUUUCAAUUUUCUGCAUCCAAUAAAAAAAAAGCCGUUAAAAUGUUAAAACAUAAUGCAUAUUAUUCACGUAGUUUUUACGUUCAAAACAUAGGACCAUAUUUAGUAUCACUUUCAAUGUUCUUACUCAAUUUGAUUAAAGUUCUUGUGGAAGUUCCUCAUGCUAUUGUUCAAGUGUUAACAAAUGUUUGAGGUUUCUAAUUAUACAUAGCCAAACUGAAAAGAGUACAAGUGCUGCCAUUGGUAAAUAGGUUAAAUAUGAUUUUGUUGGAGUGGUCCGCUUUUCUAUAAAUCACCAGAUGGUGCGACGCUGGAUACACAAAUUCUAUCUUAACCCAUUAAUGACAAAGAGUAAGUAGGAUGGAUCGUAACACUUGGCUUUCGAAAAAUUAGAUCUGAUAAGCUUUAUGAAUUACAUCAAAGUCUGCAAAUAUUGUAUGAAAAAUAUUGCUAUAAGUAGUUUCGACAUCCGUAAAAGAGAAAAGCAAGAAAUCUCCCAAACGGCCUUGUAAUUUUUUUCUCAUUUUCAAACUUCAAUUAUUUAAGUGAAUCUAAUUGGUGUAAUGAAAUCAAAAGUAUAAGACAAAAUUUGUAUUUCUGCUAAAUAUUUAUAAAUCGAUGCUCCUGAAAUGGCAAAACAUUCAGUUUUCGUUCAUUUUCUAGAAACUUGUCAAUUUGUUCACCUUUUUUAUGAUGUAGUAUGUGGCACCACCCCAUCGCUCAUUGAAAUUUGUCGAAGAGUAAAGACAAUUGUAUAAAAAAAUCAUUUCCAUAGAAAUAUAUGUGGAUGAAUGGUGGUACCACUGUCGUUUGUUUUCAGAAAACCGUCAUGGCAGAACUCUGUAGCAAAAUCAGGAUUUACGAAUUAUGAAGUCUUCAUGAUGCAAUUAAUGAAAAUAUGUUUUUUAAUGAAACAAUUGGAUAUUUUUACCUA